AUGUACAUAAUUUACUUGGGGAUAGUUAUUGCAUUAGCAGUUUUAAUAUAUUUUGAUACCUUCAAACCACACAGAUUUCCACCAGGGCCAAAAUGGUUGCCACUCGUUGGAAAUUAUUUGCAGCUUCAGAAAUUAAGACACCGCCUAGGUUAUCUUCACCUUGUAUGGGAUGAUUUGGCACUUUCUUAUGGACCAAUCAUUGGUCUUAGACUUGGAAAUAAUCUCAUUGCAGUUAUCUGCGGAAAGGAAGCAGCUUCUACUGUUCUCUCUACAGAUGCUUUUGAUGGUCGUCCUGAUGGUUUCUUCUUCCAGACAAGAACAUUUAACAAACGAUUAGGAGUGGUUUUCACAGAUGGUACACAUUGGCUUGAGCAACGUCGAUUCCUGCAAAGGCGACUACGUGAUCCAGAUAUUGCCGCUGAGGCCUGUGACCUUGUUGAUGACUUGGCUAAGCGCUGCCAGCAUCCUGUACCAAUGCACACAGCUUUUGAUAUAUGUGUCCUCAAUUCACUUUGGGCAAUGCUGGCUGGUAAACGUUUUGCAUUGAAUGAUCAUCGUCUCUCCGAGCUACUAAACAUUGUCCACUCAAGUUUUCGUGCUACUGAUAUGUCUGGUGGGCUGCUAAACCAAAUGCCAUACCUCAGGUUUAUUGCUCCCAGAGCCUCAGGGUAUGUUACCCUUGUGAAUAAUUUACAGCGAAUGUGGAACUUCAUGAAGGAAACUAUACAUGAACAUGAGACAACAUUGACUGCAGGAUGCCCAAGGGACUUAAUUGAUUCUUUUCUUCUGGAAAAAGAAGAAGAUAAAAACAAAGCAACUUCAUCAUUCACAGAUGAACAGUUAUUAUCUGUAUGCCUUGAUUUGUUCAUGGCUGGCUCUGAAACAACAAGCAACACACUCAGUUUUGCUAUUUUAUACAUGAUGAAAUAUCCAGAAAUACAAGAAAAAGUGCAAGCAGAACUUGACUCUGUUGUUGGGAGGACCAGACUGCCAUCUCUUGCUGAUCGCUCAAUGAUGCCAUAUACUGAAGCAGUUCUAAUGGAGAUACAGAGAAGAGUAAACACUGCUCCUACUUCUGUUGCCCAUCGAGCUGUUUGUGAUACAGAACUCUUUGGAUACAAAAUACCAAAGGGAACAACAAUUCUAGUUAGCAUAUGGAGUGUACACAUGGAUAAACAACACUGGGGAGAUCCAGAAAACUUCAGACCAGACAGAUUCAUUGGAAAAGAUGGAAAGAUAAAACAUGAUACCUGGUUUCUUCCUUUUGGAUUAGGUAGACGCAGGUGUCUCGGAGAAGGUCUUGCGAGGAGCACUAUGUUUCUGUUUUUCUCAACAGUGUUACAUAGCUUCAGCAUCAGUGUGCCAGCAGCCCAUCCUGACCCUUCACUUGAUGGUUAUGAUGGUGUCACUCUGUCACCUAAGCCUUUCUAUGCAACCCUCACACCAAGAUUAUAGCACAACUGAUUUACUUGAUCUUGAUUUUACAUGUUUAUUCCAUAAUGUUUAGUAUGUGUGCAGGAAAUUCAGACUUGCUUGUUUUGAUAUAUUCAUGAGAUGAUAUUUAAAAUUCAUUUCCAGUAUUAGAAUAACGCUUAUCAGUUGAAAGUGGUGGAAUUUACACUCAUUUAUAUAAUACUAAUCACACACACACACACACACACACACACACACACAAGAGAGAUGGGGGUGGCAACUGAAUGGCAUUAAUUACUGUUUUUCUUGUGCAGUAUGGGACAAGUGGGCCUAUAUUUUCAUUCGUUUUAUGUUUUUAUGCUUCAUUGUAUUCUUAAGUAGCUAUCCUAUAUUUUAUACAGAAAACACGGUAUU